AUGAGCAAUCACGAAGAUAAUGCUGCUGCUGCUCCCUCUAUUCCUGUCUUUGUGAAUCCAAACAUUCCAAUACCUGGAAAACUGGAUCUUAAAGGAAACCUGUGCACGAACUGGAAAAAGUUCAAGCGGAUUUGGAGCGAUUAUGAAACAGCGUCUACUCUCAAGGAAAAAGACAAGGAGGUGAGAACUGCUACCUUUCUUACUUGCAUCGGAGCUGACGCUCUGGAUAUUUUUGAUGGUCUUCAGUUUGACUCUGAAGAUGACAAAAAAGACAUAGACAAAGUUCUAGAAAAAUUUGAAUCCUUCUGCAUUGGACAGACCAAUGAAACUUAUGAAAGGUACACUUUCUACAAACGAGACCAAGAAAUCAAUGAAAACAUUGACACUUAUGUGGCAAUUCUCAGAUCUUUAGCGAAAACCUGCAAAUUUGAUGCUCUAGAAAACGAUAUGAUCCGAGACAGAAUUGUACUUGGAAUCCGUGACAAUGGAACACGCAAAAAGCUACUGCAAGAAGCAAAACUGGACCUAAGAAAAUGCGUUGACAUAUGCAGAGCAAACGAAAAGUCAACAUCGCAACUUAAAACCAUGGAGGAAGUUCACGCUGUCAAAUUCAAAACCAUGCGAAAAACUAAACCGCUGAGAACAACACAAGCGCACAGAAAAGAUUUCAAACAAGUCCCAGAAACAAAAGUUCAAAAGAAAUGUUUAUAUUGCGGUAAAGAGCACCUCUUCCGUAAGGAAUUGUGUCCAGCAUGGGGAAAAACAUGCAGGAAGUGCAAUAAAAUGAAUCAUUUUUCAUCAAAAUGUCUGCAGACAAAGCCGAAAUCAAAACGGGAACAUGUAAAACAAGUCAACCAGGAAUCCAGUGACGAGGAAUUCAUCCUCAUGAUCGAAAAUGUUAAUGCCAUUGAGAAAAAGAUUUUUGCAGAAAUCGAAAUUGGAAAUGAUACAGUGAAAUUCCAAUUGGAUUGCGGAUCAACCGUAAACGUUCUACCCGAGAAAAUUUACAAAGAAGUCUGUAAUGACCCCUAUCUCAGGAUGUUACAAAAGGCAGACAUGACUCUGGUAAUGUUUAACAAGUCGGAAUGCCAACCCCUUGGAAAACGGCGAAUAAGCGUCCGCAACCCCAAAAACAAUAAAAAAUACAACAUAGAAAUUGUUGUGGUCGAAGGAAAUCUUAAUCCUAUUCUCGGAGCAAAGGCUGUACAAGGAAUGAAAAUGAUAACUGUCAACACAGAAAACAUAGCAGCCAUUGAGUCAGCCUCCCAAAGCAACUACUUCAUUGAAAAAUACAGUGACGUAUUUAAUGGCCUAGGUAAACUGGAUGGAAAAUUACACCUCGAUGUUGACAAAUCAGUUACGCCAGUAAAACUACCAACAAGAAAAGUCCCGAUUGCAAUGAAGGCACCGUUAAAAUCUGAAAUCGACAGACUGUCAGAUUUAGGCGUUUUGGCUCCAGUAACAGAACCGACUGACUGGAUAUCGUCAUUGGUGGCUGUACGGAAGCCCAGUGGGAAAAUGCGUUUGUGUAUAUAUCCCAAACCUCUGAACAAAGCGCUAAAGAGAAAUCACUAUGCAACACCAACUAUAGAUGAUAUUUUGCCAGAACUAAGCCAAGCCAGAAUUUUUUCUGUAGUAGACUGCAAGGAUGGCUUUUGGCAUAUUACUCUCGAUGAUGAGAGUAGUUUUCUCACAACAUUCGGAACCCCUUGGGGUAGAUAUCGAUGGCUCCGCAUGCCAUUCGGUAUUAAACCAGCAAGCGAAGAAUUCCAGCGGAGAAUGGAUGAAGCUCUAUCUGGUAUACAUGGAAUCAAAGCGAUUCAUGACGACAUAGUCGUAUACGGUUGUGGAAACUCGGAUGACGAGGCCAUACGUGAUCACGACAAAAAAUUAUCUACCUUGCUAGAGAGAUGCAGGGAGAAAGGGAUCAAAAUCAACAAAGACAAAAUGAAACUAAAAUUGCGAUCCGUGUCAUAUUUAGGACACAUUAUCUCAAGCAAUGGACUCAAAGUUGACCCCUUAAAAAUCAAGGCAAUCACUGAAAUGCCAAGACCUAAAUGCAAAGCAGACAUACAACGUUUACUAGGAAUGGUAAAUUUUGUCCAGAAAUUCGCGCCAAAUCUCUCGGAGAUAACAGCACCCCUCAGAGACCUACUAAAAGCAGAAUCAGAAUUUGUGUGGGACAAUGCUGUACAUGGCAAAACAUUUGACGAAUUGAAAAAACUACUAUCUACGAGCCCUAUACUUCGUUUCUUUGAUCCUAACCUACCGACGACGGUACAGUGUGACGCAUCUGAACGCGGACUAGGAGCCUGUCUCAUACAAAAUGAGCAACCCGUUGCAUAUGCAUCCCGUGCAUUAACGCCUACCGAAGUCAACUACGCACAGAUUGAAAAGGAACUACUCGCUGUUCUCUUUGCCAUGGAACGCUUUGAGCAUUACACACUUGGACGGAAAGUAAAAGUGGAAUCGGACCACAAACCGCUAGAAAUCAUCAGCAAGAAAAGUUUAGUUUCCGCUCCUAAACGUCUUCAACGAAUGCUCUUGCGUCUUCAGAAGUUUGAUUACGAGAUCACAUACAAACGAGGUCUUGAAAUGUAUCUUGCUGAUACACUGAGUCGCGCCUAUCUGCCAACUGUACAGAUACAAAGAAAUGAUUCUGAAGACAGAGUACUCGCCAUUACCGACCGUGCAAAAUCUGAAAAAGAUGCAGAGUCCGUUACAAUGAGUGAAUACGUCACCAUCUCGUCCGAAACUCUAAAGAAAAUCAAAUCUGCAAACUCGCGUGAUGAAACAAUGCAAAAGCUGUACAAAACAAUCAAAGAUGGUUGGCCGGAGCGAGAUGAACUGACACCCGAUAUACAGAUCUUCUACACAUUCAGAGACGAAUUGACUUCACAGGAUGGUUUAAUUUUCAAAGGAGACCGCAUUGUUAUUCCAUCUACAUUGAAAGGUGAAAUUCUUCAAAAGGUACACUCCAGCCACAUUGGUAUUCAAGGAUGUUACCGUAGAACCAAAGAAUCACUAUAUUGGCCAAACAUGAUGAAAGAUAUCGAAUCUUUUAUCAAGGAAUGUCCAGUCUGCGCUACCAUACAGGGUGAGCAAGGCAAAGAAACUCUCAUUUCGCAUGAAAUUCCCGAUAGACCAUGGCAGAAAAUUGGAACUGACCUCUUUCAAUUUAAUGACAAACAAUAUCUCAUCACUGUUGAUUACUAUUCCGAUUUUUUUGAAAUUGAUCGUCUACAUGAUAAAAAAUCAAAGGAAGUCAUCACCAAACUCAAGGCACAAAUGGCCAGACACGGAAUUCCUGAAAUUUUGAUUUCAGACAACGGCCCGCCUUACAAUAGCAAGGAAUUUGCUUAUUUCUCAGAGAACUAUGAGUUCAAGCAUACUACGUCAUCGCCAUUGUACCCAAAAUCUAAUGGGAAAGUUGAAAAUGCAGUUAAAAUUGCAAAAAACCUAAUGAAGAAAUGCCAAUUAGAUAAAAGCGAUCCUUUCCUCGCUCUAUUAGAUUGGAGAAAUACUCCCUCUGAAAAUAUUGGAACUUCUGCAGUUCAACGACUAAUGGCACGCCGUACAAGAACUCUGCUACCAAUCAAAACCGAACUUUUGAAACCAGCCCUAACUCCAAAUGUCAAAGAGCGAUUGAGAGAACGGAAACAUAGAUCAGCAUUUUACUACAAUCGCACAGCGAAAGACCUACCAGAGAUUAAAAGUGGGGAAACCGUGAGAAUUCGACCUUUUGGACAUGAAAAAAAUUGGACGAAGGCAAAGGUCAACGAAAAAGUAAACAUCUGCUCGUAUCAAGUGAUCACGGUGGAUGGUCGCCUCUAUCGACGAAACAGAAAACAUUUGCGCUGCACAAAUGAGCCAUUUGUCGAAAAUAACGAGGUAGUGACAGAUAAGACCGUUAGCACAGCCGAAAACACACCACCAUCAGCAGAUAAGACUACAAUUGAAAAUCAUAAACCACCGUCAGCAGAUAAGACCAAUUAUGCUCUGACUUCGACCAGGAGAUCUACCAGAGAAAUUAAAUUGCCGAAACGAUACGAGGACUUCAAAAUGUAUAAGUGA